AUGGCACAAGUUCCUCCAUCCCCACACACAGACACGGAGCAGCGUCCUCAGUACUCAAACUCAGCCAUGGGGCAGCAUAAUCAUCCACACAUCCAGCACCCUCUUUAUCCACACAUCCACACGGCACAGAUCUCUUCACAGCCUCCCUUAGAUGAGCACACAGUCAUGACAGGCAGCACCCAUCUGCAAACUGAGCAUGCUCCAGUUAAAAGGGCCAAACUAACAGAUGACGAUGUCCUCACCAGAGUACUGAUGACUCAUAAAGCCAGCAUGAAGAGGAGGUUUGAGAACAUAUCUGAAGGCAUCAUAAGGUCAGGGACUCAAACACUCCUGAACAAGAUCUACACAGAGCUCUACAUCACAGAGGGAGAGAGUGAAGGGGUGAAUAAUGAGCAUGAGGUUUGGCAGGUAGAGUCAGCAUCCAGACCACAAACGACAGAAGACACAGCAAUCAACUGCAAUGACAUCUUCAAGCCUUUACCUGGACAGGAGAGACACAUCAGGACAGUCAUGACCAAGGGGAUCGCUGGUAUUGGAAAAACUGUCUCAGUGCAGAAGUUCAUCCUUGACUGGGCAGAAGAGAAAGCUAACCAGGAUGUAGAUUUCAUGUUUGUGCUUCCGUUCCGUGAGCUGAAUCUGGUCAAACAUGAUCAGUACAGUCUUCACAGGCUCCUGCUUGACUUCCAUCCUGAGCUUAAAGAGCUACAGAAUGGUGAAUACAAAGACUGCCACAUUGUGUUCAUCUUUGAUGGUCUAGAUGAGAGUAGACUUCCACUGAAUUUCCAAGACAACCAGAAGUUGUCUAAUGUGACACAAACAUCAUCAGUGGAUGUGCUGAUGACGAGUCUCAUUCAGGGAACACUGCUUCUCUCUGCUCUCAUCUGGAUAACCUCCCGACCAGCAGCAACCAGUCAAGUCCCUUCUCAGUUUGUCAGUCAGGUGACAGAAGUACGAGGGUUCAAUGACCCGCAGAAGGAAGAGUACUUCAGGAAGAGGAUCAGUGACCAGAAUCAAGCCAACAAAAUAAUCGCACACAUUGUGGAAACCAGGAGUCUCCACAUCAUGUGCCACAUGCCAGUGUUCUGUUGGAUCUCAGCCACUGUCCUUCAGCAGAUACUGGAACAGGAUGAUGGGAAGGAAGCCCCCAAAACACUGACUGAAAUGUUCAUACACUUUCUGCUCAUCCAGACCACCAGGAAGAACCAGAAGUAUCAAGAGGAAAGUGAGACAGAUCAACAGAGGCUCCUGGAAUCACAUAAGGAUGUCAUAUUGAAACUGGCAGAGCUGGCCUAUAAGCAUCUGGAAAAUGGCAAUCUCAUGUUCUAUGAGGAAGACCUGAGAGAGUGUGGCAUUGAUGCCAGUGAAGCUUCAGUGUACUCUGGCAUGUGCACUGAGAUCUUCAGGGAGGAAUGUGUGUUUCAUCACAAGAAAGUCUACUGCUUUGUCCAUCUGAGCAUCCAGGAGUUUCUUGCUGCACUUCAUUUGUUUGCCUCCUACUUGAAUGAGCUGCUGAAGAAUGCUGUGAACAAAGCUUUGGAAAGCAAGAAUGGACACCUUGAUUUGUUUGUCCGCUUCCUUCAUGGCAUUUCUCUAGUGUUAAAUCAGAGACUUUUGCUUGGCCUCCUGACAGACACACACAGCAAACCAGAGAGUGUGAAGAAAACAAUUAAGAACCUGAAGAUGAUGCAGAGAUCAAAUAUCUCCCCUGAGAGGUGCAUCAAUCUGUUCCACUGCCUGGUGGAAAUGCAUGACUCUUCUGUCCAUGAUGAAAUCCAGGCUUUCCUGAAGGCAGAGAAAGGUGCCGUGAAACAGCUCACACUGGCUCACUGCUCAGCCUUGGCUCAUGUGCUUCUGAUGUCUGAUGAGGUGCUGGAUGAGUUUGACCUGAGCAAAUACAAAACCUCUCCAGAAGGUCGCAGGAGACUGGUUCCAGUCGUGAGAUGCUGCAAAAAGGCUCUACUUGCUGGCUGCAAUCUAACAGAGACGUCUUAUGAGAUUGUGGCCUCAGCUCUGCAGUCUGGAAACUCCCCCUUGAGAGAGCUGGACUUGAGUCAGAAUGACCUGCAAAAGUCAGGAGAAAAGCUGGUGUCUGCUCUUCAAAGUCCAAACUGCAAACUGGAAACACUGAGACUGUCUGGUUGUCUCAUCACACAUGAGGGCUGUUCUCUCUUGUCCUCUGCCCUCAAAUCAAACCCCUCCUACCUGAAACAGCUGGAUCUGAGCUACAAUCACCCAGGAGACUCAGGUGUCAGCGAGCUCACAGACAGACUGAAUGAUCCCGGCUGUAAACUAGAGACGUUGAGGUAUGACCAUGGAGGAGAGUGCAGGAUUAAACCAGGACCCAGAAAAUAUGCCUGUGAGCUCACACUGGACCCAAACACAGCGUACAGAUUUCUCUCUCUCUCUGAGGGGAACAGAAAGGUGACACGUGUGAGUGAGCGGCAGCCGUAUCCUGACCACCCAGAGAGAUUUGACUACUUGGAUCAGGUGCUGUGUAGAGAGGGUCUGACUGGACACCAUCCAGAGAGAUGUGACAGUCUGGGUCAGAGUCUAGUCAGCACGGGUCAGUCUGGACGCUACUACUGGGAGGCUGAGUGGAGUGGUAAUAGGGAUGAGGUAGCAGUGGCCUAUAAAAGCAUUGAGAGGAAAGGGGGCGGGGCCAGCAGCUUGUUUGGAUGUAAUGCCAAGUCCUGGAUGCUGCACUGCUCUAGUAACAGUUACUCUGCCAGGCACAAUAAUAAGGAGACUGCCAUACCUGCCCCCUCCUCCCGCUCCAGCAGAGUAGGAGUGUACCUGGACUGGCCAGCAGGCACUCUGUCCUUCUACAGCGUCUCCUCUAACACACUCACCCACCUGUACACGUUCCACUCCACAUUCACUGAGCCCCUCUAUCCUGGGUUUUUGACCUACUCCUCAGUGUCCCUGUGCCAGAUCACAUGACCUCCUAAUCCUGCAGCAGAGGAGAGCCACACAUUUUUGUUUACACACUCCUGUGUGUGUGUGUGUGUGUGUGUGUGUGUGUGUGUGUCUGUGUGUGUGUGUGUGUGUGUGUGUGUGUGUGUGUGUUUCUUCUCUUGCCUCAUCUGUGUAGCAUUUUCCCUCUCACUGUUCCCCCUGUGUUUGCUGCUCCCUCUGUUACUCUCUUUUAUCGGUGUGUGUGUGUGUGUGUGUGUGUGUGUGUGUGUGUGUGUGUGUGUGUGUGUGUGUGUGUGUGUGUGUGUGUGUGUGUGUGUGUGUGUGUGUGUGUGUGUGUGUGUGUGUGUGUGUGUGUGUGUGUGUGUGUGUGUGUGUGUGUGUGUGUGUGUGUGUGUGUGUGUGGUGUUUGUGUGUGUGUGUGUUUUGUGUGUGUGUUCCUUGUCUUGCCUCCUCUGUGUUGCAUCUUCUUUCUCACUGUUCCCCAUAUGUUUGCUGCUCCCUCUGUUUCUGUGUGUGUGUGUGUGUGUGUUUGUGUGUGUGUUUGUAUGCUUAUGUGAGUGUGAGUGUGAGUGUGAGUGUGUGUGUUCCCUCCCUUUGCUUCUGUGUUAUCAAUUUCAAUUGAAGUAUCCAAACUAGACCAAACUAUCAGAUAUCAGAUGCUGUGUUGAAUUUCUUACAAUAUGAACCUCAUAUAUUGUAUGUGUUCUGAAGAUUAAAAGAUGAACAUACAGUGAGAGUGGACAGGUUUUCUCAGGGCUGGGAGUGUUGAUCCACCGUUAUUUUACAUAUUAUAUUCUGAUAUGCUCGAGAGUGAGAGGGAGGGAAGGGGAGUCCUUUUAUUUGGUAUGUAAUCAGUUGGUUGAAAUGUCUUUGGU